CUAGUGUCUUACAUGACGCUAGCUAACAGCGCUAUCGACGACCAAAGCUUGCUUCACCUGUAGCGCCCUGCCGGCCGCCUUACCAGCUUUUCCGAGGAAGCUGUGACAGCCAUAGACGGCGCGGAACGCCCCGCGCGGCGAAACGGCGCUCAGCAGCCCUCUACUGGACUGGGUCAAUAAUCAGCGCCGGCUCCCGCGCCGCGCCGACGCCCGCCGACGCCCGCCAGCGCGCGGGCCGCCGAACCCCAACCAUGGACUACGACACCCCCCACUCGAGCCCGCGCCCCCACGUCGUCGACGACUCGAUGCGCGCCGACAGCCCCUACGGCGGCCCCCUGAACUACGGCCAGACGCCGCACUUAAACAACAUGGACACGCAGACGACGGGACGAAGUCGGGGCGUCAUCACGUCGGAACUCCGCAUGAAGAAGGACCUCGCGGAGCUCGCCCAGGCGAAGAUGACGAGCCCGCACGUCCAGACGACGAUCGACUUUCCGGACGGCGACGUGUUGCAUUUGAGGGUUACGUUACGGGUCGCAGCUGGAUUCUACGCCGGCGGGACCUUUGUGGUCUCGUUGAAAGUGCCGUCGAACUACCCCUUCCGGGCGCCCACCGCCACGGCCCUCACGAGAGUCUGGCAUCCCAAUAUUGAUGUCGAGAAUGGAAGGAUACGGCAUCCGCUGUUGGAGCGGGACUGGAAGCCCGUUUUAUCGAUCAAUACCGUCGUGUUUGGAUUGCAGUUACUUUUCUUAGAACCGAACGUCCAAUGUGCUUCGGUCAUCGCGAACGCGGCGGCGGCGCAGACGUUGUUGCAUGGGCGCGACGCCUUCGCCGAUGAUGUUAGGAGGACAUUGCGGGGAGGCACCUUCGGGGGCCACCCGUUCCCGUCGCACACGCAUGCUUCUCCUAGAGCGGCGCCGUCUAGGAAACGCCCGUGCGACGAGGACGAUUUGCGGGCCGACGUGAAACGGUUGUCGGUGAGGGAUGGGAGGGGCUCGCCGCGGACGGUCCUGGACCCGACGUCGUCUCCCAGAUCGUUCGUGCCGGUGCAGCACCCGCCGGCGCAGUACUAUCGGACCGCGGACGGGUACCCCAUCUCCGUGCCGGCGCGGCAUCCAUGACGUGUUUAAAAGAAUUUGUGCCAGUA